CUGAUAUGGCUCUUUAGUAAAACUGUAUAAUAAAUUUCCAAGCUAGCGUAUUUUUAUACCAUCGACCUAAUCGCACAGUACGGUAGCACAGUGAUCAUUUGUUAAAGUUAGUUGAGACGUCGUUGUCUGCUUAGGGAUUGAUGUUAUCUUAAAAUUUGAAAAGUCUGCAUAUACGAAUAAGAUGCCGAAUAUUAUUAAUGAUAUUAAAUUAGACUUUAAGGAUGUUAUGCUACGGCCGAAGAGGAGUACUCUUAAAAGUAGAUCAGACGUCGAUCUCUAUAGGGAAAUGAAAUUUCGGAAUUCAAAACGCACCUACAAGGGUAUCCCUGUAAUGGCAUCAAAUAUGGAUACUAUUGGUACAUUCGAUAUGGCCAAAACACUGACGAAGCAUGGAUUGUUCACCACGAUACACAAAUACUACACAGCGGAGGAAUGGAAAGAUUUUGCAGCCAAGCAUCCGGAAUGCGUUGGAAACGUUGCAGUCAGCUCAGGAACAAGUCAGGAAGACUUUGAACGUCUUUCAAGUAUUCUGAAAUCAGUCCCAGAACUAUCGUUCAUUUGCUUAGAUGUUGCUAAUGGGUAUUCGCAACACUUCGUUGAAUUUGUUAGAAGAGUUCGAUUCGCCUUCCCAGAUCACACAAUAAUUGCUGGCAAUGUUGUAACUGGGGAAAUGGUUGAAGAGCUAAUAUUGUCUGGCGCUGAUGUGAUCAAAGUGGGAAUAGGUCCAGGCUCUGUCUGUACUACACGAAUGAAAACUGGAGUUGGCUACCCCCAAUUAAGUGCCGUUAUCGAGUGUGCGGAUGCGGCACAUGGUUUAAACGGACAUAUUAUUUCUGACGGAGGUUGUACAUGCGCCGGCGAUUUGGCUAAGGCCUUUGGUGCCGGUGCUGACUUUGUCAUGGCCGGGGGUAUGUUUGCAGGACAUGAUCAAUGCGGCGGAGAAACAAUAGAGAAAGAUGGAAAACGGUUUAAACUAUUUUAUGGCAUGGCAUCGACUACCGCCAUGAAAAAACAUGCCGGUGGAGUUGCAGAGUACAGAUCGUCGGAAGGCAAGACCGUUGAAAUUCCAUAUAAAGGUGAUGUGGAGGGUACAGUAUUGGAUAUGCUAGGUGGACUUCGUUCGGCAUGCACGUAUACCGGAGCAGCUCGUUUGCAAGAACUCCCACGACGAGCCACAUUUAUACGCUGUACUCAGCAAUUAAAUCCUGUUUAUGGUCCACCACCAAUCUAUUAAACUUUAGUGCGGCUAAUUGAACGGAGUGAUGAGAAUGUUAUACAUAUAUAUAUCUAUAUAUAUAUAUAUAUAUAUAUAUACAUAUAUAUAUUAAAUAAUUGUUGUCGUAGUGUUUAUAGUGAAGUUUGUAGAUUAUUUGCUUGAUAAUAAUAUUUAUAGAAGGUAUAAGAUAUAAUUGCUUAUUUAUCUGUUUGGUAUAGCCCAAUUUCUAUUCAUCAAAUAACAACCAUAAUGCACAAAUUAGAUAUAAGUUCCAAAUUUUUGAUCAUGUUAUGUACACAUAGAGUAUUAAUGUAAAAUGAAUUUGUGCAUAGCGUGCAAUUUAUUUAUUUUCAUCUAUUUUGAUCUAUUGUACUUUGUGAUGAACUGAUGGUUCCUAACUGCCAGAUGUAGCCUAUAGUUUCAUUUGCUUAUCUACAAGCUUAUGAUGAUGUGAUUGUAUUGUAUAUGCUAUAACCGAGUUACAGUGACAUUAACGUAGCACGUUGACUAUUCAAUGUAGGAUUAUGGAGAAAAUAACUAAUAAACAAAUGAAACUAUAUGAGGCAAAAUGUAAAUUCAAAGUUUGAAGCUACAAUCAAGAACACGAAUGUAAUUUAGUACGAUUGUUUUAUUGUGAAAAAAAUACGAUCUACAUUUUCACUGCCACUAGUAAGUUUUACAUUUAUUAUAAGAGCAUGAUGAAUCGUUGACCUUUCACAAACAGCUUUAGCCUACAAGACACAAGUGAUCAUGAAUUCAAUCAACAAAUACAAUAUAAAAUUGGCAAACCAUUAGAAUUAUCAAUUACACUUCUGCUCAGAAUACAUUCAACUCAUUUUUUACAAUUAGUUUUCAGUAUUCCACAAUUAUAUAUUACUCACCCUAAUCCACAUCACUUCGUAUGCUCUGCACAAUAAAAAUGAUACGUGAGAGAUUUCUAUGCCUGCGUCGGAAAUAGCUAUAAGUUCAGAAUAAAAAGCAGCAUAUGAAUACAUCGAAAAUCACGAAAGAUAUGUCAAAACUAUACAAAUGAAUUAUGGUCUAAUGGCACAAUAUACUAUUAAGGUUGUACAUUAGUCAUUACAAUCCUAUUUCAAAUAAGCUUUAGCGACUAAGCAGCCAGAUACCAUGCGCACACCCAUUCAUUAAUUAUUUUACCUGCAAGCACAUUCUGAUUAAAGUAUGAUUUAAAGACAUACGUACGUGUGCUAAGGAUUUGAUUGCCUGUUCCACGGAGCGUAAUGAUAAGGGAAAACCUCUGCAAAUUGAUUGGACGUUUUCAACUCCUGUACAGCAAAAAGUUUGUUCACUCUAGAUAAUUGUACAACUCAAAUAAUGCAUUGUAAUUACUUGUUAUGGGAGGCACAAUAAAAAUGUACAUUGAAGACAUA